UUUUAGAUAAAUUAUUUUUGACUUUAAAAAUGAUGAAUGCAUUUAAAUUACAAAAGAAAUUUUGUAAUUUUUUAUUCCUUCCAAAUAUUACUCGAUCUUUCUCAAUUCAGCCUGCUGAAGUUAAAAAUUUAGAUAGUUUAAUUAAAAUGAGAAAAGAAACUGGCUAUAGUUAUGCUAAAUGUCGAAAAGCUUUGGCUAAAUUUGGGGAACAAAAUUAUAGUGAAGCACUUCGUUGGAUAAAAGAAGUAGCUGUUAAAGAAGGAUGGGAAAAAGCGGCAAAGUUAAGUGAUAGAAAUGCUUCACAGGGAUUAUGUGCUUUAAUUACUGGAAAAAAUAUUGCAGCAUUAAUUGAAUUAAAUUGUGAGACUGACUUUGUUGCAAAAAAUGAUGAAUUUCGGGGAUUGGCCCAGCAACUUACUACUGCUCUUUUUAAGCAUGCCGAGAAUGCUUUAAAUUCAAAAUCUGAUUACAAAACUAAUUUCAAUGGAGAACUAAAUUCCUUGGAUGUUUCAACAAAUGAAAUAAAACUUCCCAAUGGUCACUCUUUUGAAGAAUUAAUUGUAUCUUCUAUUGGAAAAUUGGGAGAAAAAAUAUCUUUAAAUUGUGCCAAAAUAUUUUAUACUUCGCCUGAAUUUAAUAUUUUUGGACAUUCACAUCCAAAUGAGAAAUUUGGUAAUGUUGAAAUGGGAAGAUUUGUUUCAAUUGUAUCGAUGAAAAGAAGGGAAGAAAAUUCGGGAUUUCCGAUUGAAAAAUUGGGUCGUCAAAUUUGUCAUCAUAUUAUUGGAAUGGUGCCGGAAACAUUGGGAGAACCAAAUGAAAAUAAAGAAAUUAAUGAAGUAAAAGAAAUUUCAGAGAAUGAGGAAAAGAUGGAUGAUGAUGAGAGUGGUGAUUCUUCUGAAAAUACAACCAAAAUUGAUGAAAAUGAAUCUCAAUUGAUGCGGCAGGCUUUUAUGCUUAAUCCUCGCCAAACAGUUUUUGAAUAUCUUGACUAUCAUGGGGCAGACGUUAAAGAUUUUUUGCGUUUAGAAUUGGGGCAAUCGAAUGAAUAA